AUGUCUGCCAAUAGCAUCAUCCAGUUCUACCUGAACACGGCAAACACAACCGCCAACUCGUCCCAGCAUGAUUUAUCAAAGGUCAAGCCUUCACAAUUGCCAGCUUCUCCUGAAAUGGCCACCACUCCAGCAUCUUUACUCAAGACCAACAAUAACAAUAUCAUUUUCAAAAAGAUUGAACAAUUACCAACUCCAGCCGCUGAAAGUAAUCUAAGUGUUUCUCCAGGUGAACAACAAGCUAAAACAGGUUCAGGUGUUCCUUCAUUCUUUUCAAUUCCUUUAAGAUUCUUUGCCAGUAAAAAAUCAACUCCAAAGUUGAGUGAUGAUGAACUUGAUAAAGAAAUUGAUGAUUUCAAAAAAGCAUCUCCAAUUGAUGUUAUUAAAGAUUCUCCAACUGAUAUUUUUAGUGAUCAAAUUAAUACUGGCGAUGAAGUGAAUCAAACAGAUUCUGUGGAGAGAACUAAUUCAAAUAUGUUGAAAUCUGAAAAUGAUGGUACUGCAAGACAAUCUGAUCUUUUAUCUGGAGAUUAUGACCCAAUUUAUGACACUUAUAUUACUUAUAUCAAUCAUACAACUCCUGAAGGUGAUUUGAUCUUAGGUGAAGAACCAAAACAAGAUGUUGAUGAUGCUAAUCCAAUACCAAAUAAUGAGACUUUACAACCAGUUGCAAAUCCACAUAAUGAGAUAAAGCCAAUAUACCAACCUGAAUAUGAUGCAUAUGAAAAUAUUCAACUUGAAUUUGGAAUCUCCACCUUGAAAAGAAUCAAAACUAGAACCAAGGAGAUAUUGAGACAAGUUUCUAGACAUUACUCCAAUGUCAGAGAUAAAUUAUAUGAAGACCAUACACCAGCUGAUAAUAAUGAAACUCCUUCACCACCUCAAAUUGAACCUUCAACUUUUAGAAGUGAAUUGAAAAGACGUCUUUCAAGUGUCUCCAUUAGACGGUCAAGCCUUUCAAUAAGACGUCAUAAUUCUGGACCUAAAUGGAAAUGGCCAAGAAGAAACAGUGAAUCUAAUCAAUUGAACACAAUACCAUCCUCUGAUAACAGUCCUUUGAAAACUGUAUACAACACUUUUAGUCAUAAGGGGGAACAUUCAAAAAAUCAAACUUUAUCUGAGCUUUUCCAAUCUGCUGAUUUUGAAAGUAGAUUGAAUGAAGGGUCUGUUAGUGGGAGGAAAUCAUAUCAAGAAGAUGAAAACGUUGAAGAUGAAUAUCACAUCUCAUAUAGGGAAAAUAAUGAAUUGAAGCCCACAUGCUCCAACAACGGGCUCAACACUUUCCAAGAAAGACUUGUGCACUUCAAAGAGCAAACUCUCCAAAGAUCAAAGUCAUUCCAGACACUAGCCAAAUAUUUCACCCAAGAGCUGUGA